AUGCUGUCGCAUAUUGGUUCAACGAAGCCUGUAAACGGUGUACCUUCACUAGGUUGCAUGACACUUCAAGAGUGUACCCUUGAUUUAUCCCUCUAUGACGAACCAAUUCCAAAGCAACCUUCCUUUCCUUAUGUCGGAAUUCCCUUUCGCCCUGGUGGCUAUCUUGAUGCUGUUGUAUUGGUCAAUCAAAACAAGACCAAAGCCCCUGCCAUUAUGAACCAGCUUUCAGCUAUUGGUGUACCCCCUAAAGGCUUUUCUCCUCUCCUUGGUACCCGCUUUUACAGCCACAUUGUUCGUGCUCAACUGGAAUACGGCUUGGCCAUUACCAAGAUCAUCACAUUCCUUAGCAAACAAUUGGAAGAUGCCCAGAACGUCUGUUUGCGUCGGGUUUUCGGUAUUUCUUACACAUCUUCCACCAUGGUAAUGCUACAUAUGUCGAAGCUACCAAACAUGCAGGAACGUGCUUAUACUCUGCAAUCUCAGUUCCUCCUACGCCCUCUUACUAUUUCAGAAGAUGCUCUGUUACACCAUCUUCUUCCACUUAUCCGUCAGCCUCAAAGCCGCACCCAAUGA